UAUUUCGGGGAAUUAACUGACCCAAAAUAAGGGAAAAGCAGCAGCAACAUAGGAAAACCUUUAACCAAACCCCUUGUUCUCUUUCCCUUAUUGCUUCCUCCAUUUUUUAAAGUGUUAAGCAGAAAGCAGGGAGGAAGAAGGCAAAUAAUUUCACAUCUUUAGCCCUGAUGUUUGAGGUAUGGUAUUUCUUAUUGGGGGCUGCUAUUCCUACCAUUGUAGCUGGUCAAGCUUACAGAAUUAGGAGAAGUCAUGCUGAGGAGCAGAGAAUUAAGAGUGCACGAGGCAGGGAGAAGAGUACUGAUGAUAUUUUUGUGUGCGAGAGAGUCUGUACGUCGAAGAGAAUGUUGAAGAAGGUGGGUGCAUUUUCCAAGGAUCCAAUUCCUGAUACUUGUAUUACCGUUUGUGGCUUAUCGGAACUGGAUGCUUGCUCUGACGCCUGUGCUCGCACCGUAUGUGUUAACCAGCACCAAGUGCCCAACUGGAAUGAUGUCUGCCUCAGGAGAUGUCAAAGUGAAUGCCUCAAACUUUCCUCCUCUCUCCCUUCAUAGUGUACUUGUUUUUCAUCCAUAUGGAUUUCUUUGCCAAACUUGUUAAACGCGACCGUUCUCAAGCUCUAAUGGUUAAAUUAUAUGCUUUUAAUUUCA